AUGACGACACAUGAAGAUCUCCGACGUCUCUUUGGUCGCUAUGGUCGUAUUGCCGAUGUCACCAUUCCUCUGGAUUAUUUUUCCGGUCGCAUGAAGGGCUAUGCUUUUGUUGAAUAUCCUUUUCGACCAGAUCUAAUGCUCCCCUCUUUUGCUGCCAUCUUUCUCCUAGUUGGCACAAUGACACAAGUACCGAUUCAACCUCCAAUUUUCAAUUCUACCCGUGCACCCCAAUUCAAUCAAUUCAAUCAAUUCAAUAGCCGGCCACAUCAAGCUAGCCUAGCGCGCACAAUUCAGUACAAUUUCUUCGAGUCAAUCGAUUAUUCCAAUUUCAAUUAUUUGCCUAGGUCUGACACUGGUUCAGGGUGCUCCCGAGUAUCCGUCUCCACAGAUUGGUCUACUCGCUCAUCUGUAGUCGGGGAUCAGAGGGACGCCGAAGAUGCCCACGAGGCCCUCGAUCACACGCGUUUCAUGGGGCGGGACAUCGAAGUAGAGUUUACACGUGGACAUAGAAAAACUCCUGCCGAGAUGCGAGGUAGGGAUCGUUAUGGGGAUUCCAGAAAGGGCGGUAACGAAUUUGAUCACCGAGGCAAAUCCCGCUCAAGAUCUAAUGAUCACCACAAACGCCGUGACGAAUCGCGUCGUCGCUCCUGCUCUAUAGAAAAUGGAUCUCGAGCAAAUUCUUCCUGCGCUCCUGAUCGUGGAAAAAAUAGAAGAGCUGUCGAAAUGGGCAGUGUGGGGAAACGGCGUGGCAAUAACAGUAGAUCUCCUGAAGGCCGGAACGGGGGCUUUAACAAAUAUGGCUUUGGUUCGAGUGUCGGGUACAACCGCCGGCGAUCCUCCAGGUCCCUGUCUGGACACUGA